CAAUAAAAAAAAAAAUUUUUUUAAUACGAUUUAAAUAUAUACACAUUUUUAAUUUUGUUUCUAAAUCUGAAAUAGCGAUAAGUAUACCACUUAUAAGCUUUCUGAAAUAAUUAGUGGUACACUUAUCACUGGCAAUUGGUGAAAUUUCGCCAAUUCAGAUUUAGAGAGUUUACUUUUUGUAGAACACUAUUAAUUUAUCUUUUAUUUAAAUCGUAAUUAAAAUUUUAAGUAACCCAUGAUGGAGAAAUGGCAGAAGGAUGAUGCGAAACAAUAAUUGUAUCCGAGUGCCGUUGAGGAAAAACAUUUGUGGAAGUUUAGGGCAUUGGCUUUUCUUUUUUUAUCGCAAAAGUAUUGUAAGGGUUCGUGCAAAGGAGUUUAAUUUUUGAACACUUAAAUUAAGCAUAUAUAGAUAUAUAUUUGACGAGGGAAAACCAGUAUCGCCCUCCCCCCCCCAUAAACUUUAUGGCAUGUAUCUCUGUACCUGCUUUAAAUCGAAUACAUUAGAUUGACAAGUUUUUUUUAAAAUUAAUUUAUUGUUUUGUCUAUCUAAUCGUAUUCCGUCAGGGUUUACCCUGCAUAUUUUAUUCAAGCCCUUUGGCAUAAACUACGUUGCCAAUUUAGGGGCGGAAGGGUUCAAUAAUUUAUAAAAUUGCAUUUAACGCAAUGGUAACGAGAGGGGGGAGGUUUGAAAAGUAUGAAAAAUUGGUAACGUAGUUUAUGAAAGGCCCCUUUCGCAAUUCCCGAUAUUUUUUAUAAUUUCUUUUCUAUGAUUAUAAAAAAUGUUAAAUUUAUAACCGGAAUUUGUAUUAUUUUUAUGUAAUUUAUUAAUUUUCUGUUCAUUUCUUUUGCAGUUUUAAUAUCUAAAAUAGUUACAGUAUAUGUAAAUUUCAUGAUAAAUAUAUACUGUAAAUGCGAUUUUCCAAUUACUAUUUGUAUAAGCUAGCGUAUACUUUCUAAUAACUUUUGUUUCAAGCAAGAUUGUAUUACGUUUGAAAAAAGCAAUUUUAAAAGCAUAUGUUACUCUCCCCUAUAUAAUAUACAAGUGAAGUCUAACCAAACACAUUCCCAACACACAACACCUGUCAAAAAAAGUUGGUUCAUUUAUAAACGAUGUGUACAUGAAGAAGCAAAGGGCAGCAGAAAGUUUAUUGUCAAUUACUAUCUCAUAUAAUAAAAAUAAAUAAUGCUGCGUAUCCGAUCACAAACUAAUUUAUGUGAACAAGAAGCAAAGUUUGUUCAGGAAAGAAUUUCUACAACAGAAAAAAACUUUUCUGAACUUCAUACGGUUUUUGCUGCAUAUGCACGGAAGUUAGCAAGACUUAGGGACAAGAAUGACGAAGUUGCUGAAGUAAUCAACACUUAUGCUAAAUCGGAAAGCAUGAAUCGUUCCUUAAGUAUGUGUCUUAAUAAUUUUUCAUCCACUUUUGCUGUUAUUAGUGAUUACAGAGAUGCUGCAGUAAAACGUGUUGAUGCGAAAGUUGUUUCUCCAUUAUUCCAAUAUUCUACAAGUUGUAAGCUUGCACGUGAAGAUAUUAAAAAUACAUUUUCUGCCCAAGAAAGAGAAUUCAAUCGAAGACGUCAAUUGGAUAAAAUACGAGAACGAAAUCCGAAAAACCGACAAUUAAUUUCGCAAGCAGAGACUGAUUUAAUAAAGGCUUCAAUGGAAAUGACGCGAAUGGUCAAAGGCUUAGAGGAGCAAAUUGAUUCAUUUGAAAAACAAAAGUUACAUGACGUAAAAUCAAUUCUCUUGGAUUUUAUAACUAUUGAGCUCUCAUUUCACACAAAAGCCGUUGAAUUGCUAACCAAAGGCUUUCAAGAUAUUUCUGACAUCGAUGAAGUAAAAGAUUUACAGGAAUUUCGGGAAUUAAUGCAGAUACCAAACUUUAUGACUCGUAUGGAUGCAAUUAAGAGAAAAUCAUUUCGUCAAGCUAAUUCAUUGUCAAAUUUAACAAACAGAUUUUUAUUUCCUGCUACACCAAGGAAAACUACUACUUGGAAGGAUAAAGCCAACUCUAAUACUUUCACAUCUGAAGCAGCAGCUCAACUUGAAGACUUUGAAAAAACAUCUGUAGAAACAGAAUCUGAAUUUGAGCAAACAACGAUGCCAGUGAGAAUUAGGCAUAAAACUGUAUAAUGUUUAUUAACCGAAUUUCCUUGAUUGUCCCUUAACGAGAAAGAAGGAAACAAUGUUGUCUGUAAGUUACAAAAUUUCUUACAAAAUAAUUCCUUGCAUAUUAAAAAAUAAAUAUCAACUUUCAUAGUCAUUUUCUAACUUGAAAAAUGGCAUGAAUUACAUUUAAAAAAUUAGAUUUAUACUAAUUAUACAAUGGAAAAUUGGCAAGUUACCUCUCAAGAAGCACGUAAUAUAACUUUGAUGACAAUGUAACAUAACAUUGGAAAUAUACUAGACAUUCUUUACAAUUUUUUUCAAUUUACUUAUCUUGGAACGGUGCGGUGGUACCAGCGCAUAUGUGUGAAAACUUGAAACUAUAAAUCUCUCAGUCUACUGAUAU